CUAAGCAGAUUCUCAGUCAGUAAAACAUGAAUCAAACUGAAAACUUAUGAAUCUCAAAUCAAAUCAUUUUUUAUUUGUCCCCUCAAAGAUUCACACUUUUUUUCAAAACCUUAUUUCAAUAAAAACACAGUAACUUCAUACGUACUUUUAGAGUUUUUUUUAAGGAUUUCAGUAAUGUUUGUUCCAUAAAUUCUGUCAAAGUUCACACAGUCUACAGACAAGAUAUAUUUACACUUGUUUGUGAAACAGACAAACUAUAUCUGAUCUUUCCUUACUCUUGACCUCCAAUGAGAAGAAUAACAUCUUGACCAGGUGUCUUAUUCCAUAUUUUUUAUUUCAGAGAUGUCAGCAAUCAGCUCCAAUCCAGAUGAUCCAGUGAUCUGGAUUCUUCUGAUGGGCAGAAACGCUUCUGGGAAAAGCUCAUCUGGAAACACUAUACUUGGGGAAAAAAAAGUUCAAAGCCCAAAAACAUAAGAAAAAAAAUGAUGAUGAAGUUUGUGAAGAAGUAGCUCAGAUCGGAGAGAAGCAGGUGUGUGUGAUUGACUGUCCAGAUCUUCUGGAUCCAGAUCUGUCUGAAGAGAAGCUGGAGAUGCUGAAAGAGCAGCUGGUCUCUGGAUGUUCAGCAGGUCUCAGUUCAGUUCUGCUCACCGUUCCUCUAGAGGAACCUGUGGGAAAUGAGGAAGAGAUCCUGUAUUUCAUCAAGUGUUUAUUAGGUCCUGAAGUUCAGCAGUACAUCAUGAUUCUGUUCACACAUGGAGAUGAGCUGGAACAAAUGAAGAGGAAUGGCAGCAAAGACCGUCCUCGUGUCAAUUUUUCAGGAGAUUUUCCAGCAGAUGAGACUGAUGUGAUUCCUGGGAAGAAAGACCAGAUCAGGCUGGAUCUGCUGGGAAAAACUGGAUCUGGGAAAAGUUCCACUGGAAACCCCAUCAUCGGCAGAAUCCUGUUCACAUUACUGAAACAGUGUCAUUCAGAAACUAAACAGAUCUCAGUGAUCGACACACCAGCACUCGCUUGCAUCAACUGUUCGUGAGUUAAAACCAAAGCUUGUUGUGAUGUAAAAAGUUACAACCUGCUGCACAUUAAUCAAUAUUUGAUCACUGCAGCAUUAAACUUAAGUACAAAGUAUACUUCGUUUUUUUAGCGUACGCACACAGUUACUUCCUUUGACUCCUACGCAUACACAGGUGUUCAACGCAUGCGCAGUUUUGAGCAAUUUCUCUAGAAAGUUACAAUCCAUGUAAAUAUAUUUGUGUUCUUUCAUGCUAAAGUUGUACAAAUGAGGGUACUUUCUAACCUCUUCACACGAUCUCUCAUCUAUGUAGGCCUCCGUUGUCGCUGUAGCUUGCAUGUGUUCCAGUCUGUUCUCUUUAUGCAGUUUUUCUUUGAUUAUCUUGUAAAUUGAAGCCCCCAGGGCACGGCUGCCACUUUGUGGAUAAACUAAUUAAUGCAAUAAAAAAAAUUAAAAAUGUAAAUGCGCAUGUGCAACCUACAAAAAUCAACCUACAAAAAUCCGGCUGUGCACAUACAGUACGCUCAUACUUUUCCUGAGGACGUAAUUCGUGUCGCGCGCACACGAGGGUCAGCAUACAGUGCGCGUGACGCAAAUUUCGUGACUAAAAAGUGAAGUAUACUUUGAAUUGAAAGCCUACAUAUAAGCUAAAUAUUUAUGGAAAGCUCAAAUCAAGAAUAAAAUAGCAGAUUGAUUGAAUCACAUCAGUACACUGCUGGUGUUGGUGGCAGAAGUAAGCAAGUACACGUGCAAAUUAAGUCCAUGCACGCAGAUGUUAAAAUGAAACUGUCUCUUUAUUUUGUUCAUCAAUAAACACUGCUUCCAGUCA